AGAAAUUUUGCUGAAUUGUUACCCAGGCAACGCAAAUGUGUUUGCGGCCGAAGUAAUGUUGAAUUAAUCUCUAGAUUUUUUCUGCGGCGAUAUUGAAGAUUUUUUAACGGUAUCGCGUGAUUAAAUUAUGGCGAAAUCCGUGACGAUAUACGAAAAACCAACCCCUCACUUGGGAUUACCAGAUUGGUAUGGAAAGCAGUGGCAAUUGCAGCAAUCAGCGAAGAAUCAAAUUUCCGAUUCAUUUUCACUCCGCAAUACAGCAAGAACUCUUCGAAACGAAACGAAAAUUCGUACAGAAUGGGACACUCGAAUGAACGACGCACGAUUGGAUGACCGAGUCAAGGAGCUGAAGAGAUGGCAGGAGAUUUUCCAAAAAUUGGCCUCCAACCUGUCCACAGAAAUGAAACAAUUAAGGGAUGAACAAUCUGAGAGUGAGAAUGAUCUAGAUAAUAUAGAAUUACCUUUACAAGUCGUGGCUCAAUGCAUUUCCAUGAGAGAUUGCAGGAGAGGAACUGAAUUGACUUAUGAUGAAGCUGAUACUGAACUCAAGAAAGAAUUGACUGUUGUUGAGGCUGUGAAAAAAGCUCUCUCUGAGAAAAUCCAUGCUGCUUGGGUAAAGCUCAAUAAAUUGGAGGAAGUGAAUUUUCAGUUGAAUUUAGAUCUCAACGAUAAAACUGAAACUCUUGCUAUUGAUGGCGAUAACUUGAUUCUAAAUAGAAACUCCGGGGGAAUCAGCUAUAAACCAAAUGCUCUCCGGAUACCCAAGAACUCAAACACGUACGAAACAUGGCAGGAGCGUUGCCGCUACAUAAGAAGUCUUGUUGAGAAUGAAUUGAAAGACACUCUGAGCUUCCGAGAGGCUCUGAAUGUAAUGCGUAAACGUGCGAAAAUUGACACUGAAGCACAACAGGACGCCACUGAUUAUGCCUUACGAAAGCGAAUAUAUCAAACACAAAAAGCAAGAAAUGAAAUGGAGUGGCAAAAGAGGAAGAUGCAGGAGGAAAUGGAAUCAUUGAUGAAUGAAUUGACUAGACUUGAAGAGGCACUUAAAAACAAAGUUGAUGCUGUUAAAUGCGCUGAGACUAGACUGGAAAAUCGCAUCUACAGACCUGGUUAUGAAUUAUGCAGGGAUGAGCCACAAUUUGGCUUGACUGACGAAGUUAUUCAGCUCAGAAAGACCAAAUCCGAGCUCAUCACCAAAAUCGAUUGCACUAAAGCAACAUUCAAUGGCCUUGAAUCCUUGCUAAUCCAAAUUGACCGUAACCUCGACGACAAACAGCAUUCAUUGAUGACAGAUAUAAUGUGCCUGGACAUGCGAGCAACCUUGAAAACUGGAGAUCGAGCUCCUCUGAUCAAUGAGACCGAGCGAAACAUUAAGUUAACACAACUAGAAAAUGAAAUACCUCUCGAGCUGUAAUUUCCUCAGCCACACAGAAUAAUCUGCACUCAUUUUUAAUCGACUCACUUCAAUUGAUCAGCAUCGACAUUUGGAAUAUAAAUUUACUGUAACGAU